AUGAGUGAUAAGUCAGACUUGUCUGAAGUGAAGAAGUUUGACAGGUCAAAACUGAAGAAAACCAAUACUGAAGAAAAAAAUACUCUCCCUUCAUAGGAGACUAUCCAACAAGAGAAAGAGUGUGUUCAAACGUCAUAA